AUGCCUACAGUCCACCUGCUUGACUAUGCGGCGGGCAAUAUACGCUCCCUCGUGAACGCCAUCGAGAAGCUCGGAUGGGAAGUUGCAUGGAUAGAGUCGCCUGAAGACGUUGGCAAAGCUGAGGUUAGUCACCACAGGGAUGCAGGCCAUUUCGGCCAUUGUCUGGGUCAGUUCAGAGAUGCGGGCUACGUUGAGCCGGUCAAGAGAUUCAUCGAAUCUGGCAAACCCUUCAUGGGCAUCUGUGUCGGCAUCCAAGCACUAUUCGAAGGUUCGGCAGAGAACACGUCUGUACCUGGACUGGGCGUUAUCAGAAGCCGCUUAGAACGAUUCAACGACAGCGAGAAAAGCGUUCCGCACAUUGGGUGGAACUCAGCGAACGUUUCAGGCAACCAGAGCAUCUACGGUCUCAGACCCGACAGCAAGUACUACUACGUCCACUCCUACGCAGUGCCAUACCGGAAAGGUCAACUCGAGAAUGAUGGCUGGACAGUAGCGACAGCUCGGUACGGCAGCGAGGAAUUUGUUGGCGCAGUAGCAAGAGACAACGUUCUUGCAACUCAGUUCCAUCCAGAGAAGAGCGGUGCUGCUGGUCAACGUGUACUCAAGGCUUUUCUCAAUGGUCAGAUGCGCCAGCCUCUGCCACAGCUGCCAUCACCGACACAGGAAGGCCUGACACGGCGCAUAAUAGCCUGUUUGGACGUCCGGACCAACGACCAGGGCGAUCUGGUGGUGACCAAAGGCGACCAGUACGAUGUCAGAGAAAAAGACAACAACGCCGUUCGCAACCUCGGCAAGCCGGUGGAGAAGGCUCAGCAGUAUUAUGAACAGGGCGCUGACGAGGUGACCUUCCUCAACAUCACUUCCUUCCGAGAUACGCCGCUCAAGGAUCUUCCAAUGCUUGAGGUGUUACGGCAGGCUUCGGCAACAGUGUUCGUUCCUCUGACCAUCGGCGGAGGCAUAAGGGACACCCACGACCCUGCCACAAACAGGACCGUGCCCGCCCUGGAGGUCGCAACGCUGUACUUCAAAUCUGGUGCCGACAAAGUGUCCAUCGGUUCGGACGCGGUGACUGCGGCUGAGCAGUACUACGCCUCAAACAAGACAUUGACCGGGAAAACGGCCAUUGAGACGAUCAGCGAGGCGUAUGGCGCACAAGCAGUCGUUGUCUCGGUCGAUCCGAAGCGUGUGUAUGUGGCCUCUCCAGAAGCCACCUCUCACCACACCAUCUCUACCGCGUAUCGUGGUCCAAAAGGCGAGAAGUACUGCUGGUACGCAUGCACAAUCAGAGGCGGGCGUGAGACCAGGGACUUCGAUGUCGUUCAGCUCGUCACCGCGGUGGAGGCUCUGGGUGCCGGAGAGAUCUUACUCAACUGCAUCGACAAAGACGGAACAAAUUCUGGCUUCGAUCUUGAACUCAUCAGGAGCGUCAAGGCAGCAGUCAAGAUACCUGUCAUUGCUUCGAGCGGUGCUGGUAACGCUGACCACUUUGCGGAGGUCUUCCAGCAGACCAACGUUGAUGCUGCGCUUGGUGCUGGCAUGUUCCACCGUGGCGAAUGGACUGUCAAGCAGGUGAAGGAGCAUCUGCAACAUCAAGGUUCCAUGGUGCGUAGAUUUGAGGAGGACGUUUAG